AUGCCCAACAAUCAACAUCCCGCCUCACCGCGGCCGAUUCUCAAACAGACUGAGUUGGACGAAACAUGUGCGUCGCCAUCGUCGUUGCUUGGACUGAGCUACACACUCUCGCCGCGAUCGACGCCAAAAUCCGUCUCUAUCUCAACACAGAGAGAGCUAGUUUCGCCACUGAUACUUGGCAAACAGAAGAGUGUUGAAGACCUCGACUUUGCACACGACAAGCCACUGAAGAAACCUUCUGUCAAGAGUCUCAACUCGUUCAAGCUAUCUGGCAGGCUCGCAAGCGGGCAAAGCCCAGGAUUGAAGCCACUCACAUCAAUUGUGGACACAACGACCAUUCCCGAGCAUCGUGAGGAGCCGACCACGGAUUACUCUACGAACCAGGUGGAUCGCCUCGUCACACAGGUCUCAAAUUGGAUUCGAGAUGAACGAGCCAAACGCUCGGUGCAGGGCCAUCGCACCAAUGUCAAUGACGAAAAUCAAGCUCCAGGACAAUCAGUCUCAGCAGACGCAACAGAUCUUGAUCGUCUCGAAGACAUCUUGAAACAGACACUACACCUCGAUCGCCUUCCAAGGCGAAAGAGCACCACAAGUCUACGAAAACGCCCAUCCAUCAAGAAGCUACAUCAACGGAAGGCGUCUACCGUCUCAUCUGACACGGACUAUUUCGAUAACGAGUUCUUCGUGCCUUCAUGCGAUGCUGUACUCGACAAUUCGCAGACUUUGGCCUACACUGGCGGUGCCUCGGACGAAUCUGAUGUCUCUAGUGGAGACGAACUGACACGUGUGGCGUCUUUCAAAGACCAAGACGCAUGGUCACGAUUCAAGUUCGAAAUCGUCAGGCUCACUCACACUCUGCGUCUCAAAGGAUGGCGGAAGGUGUCGAUGGACAUGUGUGGCGACAUCACCGUCCAGCGUCUCAGUGGAGCUCUCACGAAUGCAGUCUACGUGGUCUCGCCACCUCACGACCUCCCACCAAAAGAGCAACGAGCUGCAGACGGCAAUGUUACAACGAGAUCAAGCAACCCGCCUCCGAAACUCUUGCUCAGAAUCUAUGGGCCACAAGUUGAGCAUCUGAUUGAUCGCGAAGUCGAGCUUGCGAUACUGCGGCGACUCGCGCGUAAGCGUAUCGGUCCACGACUGCUAGGCUGCUUCGGCAAUGGACGCUUCGAGGAGUACUAUCAUGCCCAGCCACUCACACCGGAGGAUUUUCGCAAUCCCGACACCAGCCGUCAGAUCGCCAAGCGUAUGCGGGAACUGCACGAAGGUAUCGAUUUGCUCGAACAAGAGCGCGACGAUGGCGCAUUCGUGUGGCGGAAUUGGGACAAGUGGCUGUUUAGGGUCGAGCAGAUUGUCUUAUGGAUGGACGAGCAGAUCGCUGCGUGCCCUCCUGACUACAAACCCACUGGUACAGAUAUAUGGAAGCGUCGAGGGUAUAUCCUUGGUGUGCCCUGGAAGCAAUUUCGGAGCGCCAUCGAGAAGUACAGGGCUUGGCUGUACAGGGAGUAUGGUGGGUCGAAGAAUAUCAAGGACAAACUCGUCUUCGCACACAACGACACUCAAUAUGGCAACAUACUUCGAUUCGUCCCGACUGGAGAGUCGCCACUGUUACUACCGGCAAACUCGCACAAGCAACUCGUGGUCAUCGAUUUCGAAUAUGCUAACGCUAACUUGGUCGGCCUCGAAUUCGCCAAUCACUUCACGGAAUGGUGUUAUAAUUACCACGAUGCUCGCAAGCCUUACGCAUGCAGCACGAACAAGUAUCCGACACCCGAAGAACAAGAUCGCUUCCUCCGUGCUUACGUCCGCCACCGACCACAAUUCAAUGUCUCCACACCAAAGCUCCAGGCUGAAACACCGCCAACGGCGGGCUCCACUACACCUGGCGAUGCUUUCAGAGCUAGGUCAACGACCAGCAUCUCCGACUUCUUCCUGGAUGCUCGAACGCCAGGCACGGGUCCAACAUCUCAGCCCGCACACGACGAUGCGGCCGAGCAAGCCAACGAGGAUGUCGAGGUGUCUCGUCUCCGCCACGAGACACGUCUGUGGCGGUUGGCCAAUACCGCACAAUGGGUCGCUUGGGGGAUCGUCCAAGCCAAAGUCCCAGGAAUGCCGGAUUUCAGCCAGGGUCCUGCAGACGAGAAGACGGCGAUCGAGGACCAGGUCAAAGAGGAUUUGCAUGAGAGGGCAGAAGAGUACCGUGAUCUAGCUCGGCAAGAGAGCUCAGGCAAGGAGGAAGUGGAAGAAGCGGAAGAGGAGUUCGAUUACUUGGGUUAUGCUCAGCACCGAGCCAUGUUCUUCUGGGGCGACGCGAUACAACUUGGUAUUGUCAAGCUGGAGGAUCUACCGGAGGAGAUGAGGGAGAAGAUUAAGACGGUGUCGUAUUGA